GCUACGCUAAUGAAGUGGGAGAAUCUUUUAGGGCUUUGGUGCCCGUCUUUGUGGUCUGGGCCAGUUAUGGCGUGGCCACGGCCUACGUGACAGCAGAUGCGGUCGACAAGGGUAAAAAAGCCAUGGCAGCUGUAAACCCCCAGGAGGAAGGGGGGGCCAUGCAGGCGGCCGUGGCGAUGGUGGACACGUUCAUCUGGCAAGGCUUAGCCUCGGUGGCCAUCCCCGGAUUCACCAUCAACCGCAUCUGCGCAGGGUCCCUCUACCUCAUGGGCAGCUUGACCCGCUGGCCACUCCCGGUUAGGAAAUGGACAACGACGGCCGUUGGGCUUACGGCCAUCCCUUUCAUCAUUAAGCCUAUUGACAGGUCCGUGGAUUUCUUAAUGGAUUCCAGCCUUCGCAAACUUUACAAAAGCAACAAGAAGCCGCCUCCACUUUGAGAUGCCGAGUCCGGUGUUUUUAUAUAUGUGUAUGUAAAUUAUAUACAUAUCACUACCUCUCACUCCAGGGUCUAGGAUCUAUUUUGAAAUUGGUUCAAUGUGGAUCAGGGUAGCAGAUCUGUUCGAUUGGGUUUUGGGGAAGGGGAGAAUCAAGAAAAGGAUGAGAUUUUCCUUCAAAGUGUGUUCGGGUGCUGGGGAGCAAAAUGAAGAGCUGGACUGGAUUGAUUUUAGCUCGAUCUUCAGAUCUUGUUUCAAGAAAUGGAUCUUAUUUAAUCAAACCGCUUAUUAUUAUUAUUGUAAGUCUUUACUUUUUUUUUUUAAUGUAAGACACCCAAAUUGAUCUGGAGCUGGGUGACCUUUCAAUUCUAUUAAAUAAGUGUAUAGUAAGUAGCAAGGAUGAGCAAGAAAGAAGCACACUGUUUUCUCCUACACUGUGAAAUCCACUGAGGAAUUGUACUAGUUAAUUAGCUAAUGAUUUAAUUGCACUGAAAUUUGCAACAGUUGGGAGUUGAUUCAGGUCCACUGGUUUCUCACCAACCUCGCUGUAGUUUUUCCUCUUUUAGCCGUCUUAAAAAUAAAGGGAAAACAAACCGACGUUGGCUCUUGGCUGCAUUACAUCCUAGCACCAUAGCGC